GGUAGUUUUGUAAAAUAAAACCAAGUACAAGUUUCCCACCUUAUCUCUCCCUCCGAAGUGUCACCGGUGCAGAAAUGGCCACCACCCUCCUCCCCUCCCUCCUCUCUCCACCCAUCAAACAUUCCUCCACCGUCUCGCCACCGGCGCACCACCACAACCAAACCAUCAGUUCUAAUUCAAUCAGCAACCACACUUUGAAACUCAACUUGACAAGAAGAGAAACCCUCGGAUUGGGUCUGGUUCUAACGGUUUUUGACGCCGUUACAUCUCCUCCUCAACUAGCCAGAGCAGAAUCAACCCCCCCGUGUGAGUUCACGGUGGCGGAUUCAGGACUUGCAUUUUGCGAUAAACUUGUUGGAUAUGGAUCUCAGGCCGUGAAAGGUCAGCUCAUCAAGGCCCAUUAUGUCGGAAAGCUUGAGAGUGGAAAGGUGUUUGAUAGCAGCUACAAUCGGGGAAAGCCUCUCACGUUUCGAAUCGGUGUCGGUGAGGUGAUUAAAGGAUGGGAUCAAGGUAUUCUUGGUGGCGAUGGUGUUCCUCCUAUGCUUGCUGGAGGAAAACGGACAUUAAAGCUUCCUCCACAACUCGGAUAUGGCAUGCGAGGAGCAGGUUGCAAAGGAGGUUCUUGCAUCAUUCCACCCGAUUCAGUUCUCUUGUUUGAUGUCGAGUUCAUUGGAAAAGCAUGAAUACAAACGCCUGUCUCUACUGAAAUUGAUGCAAAAUGUUAUUAUAUGAAUAUAUUUUGUUUAAGCUAAUACAAAGUAACAAUAUUUUGAAAUCUCAAUCCUACGGGUCCUUUUGAGUUGA